AUGCCGACAAUUUUGCUCACCUCUGGCAUAGGGGGUUCUCCAAGGAGAAUAUCUCACACAGGAGUUCUCAACACCACGCUCAUAACUGAUGAUUCAAAGAAAGAGUGCGAUCGUGAAGCUGAUCGUGGGCGUAUGUUUGAAAAGCAAGGGGAUAACUGCUUGAGAGGAACUCAUUCAGAGGCACUCAGUCAUCGCGAUAGCCUCACUUUCUCCGAGUCAAACAACGCGCUGGCGCUCACGAUAAGUUGCCCUGAGGCAGGCGAAUGGUGCUUGAGGGGAGAUCAACGGAGAUCCCAUGAAAGGGGGGGGCAAUAUCCACGAGCAGAGGCCAAGGAGCAUAACAUUCACGUUUCAGAUCCAAGUAGGCAGCAACCUAGAUCCACAGGAUCACACACAGAGAAACACAUUCACAGAAAAACGAAUCGACCAUGGGAUGAACGACAAGUUGGACGGGUGCAAUUUGACCAAACCGAAUGA